ACAUUGCAGAAACUCUAUGUUGAGAGGAGAGAAAGUGAGCCGAAAAGGCAGGACACUUCGACCUGUCAAAUUACAAAACCCUCAUUCCCACCAUAUCUUCUGUUGCCAUGGUAACAAUUGAGCACUCAGCCUAGGAGGGAAUUUGGACAGCAGCUCCUUAAAAUCAGAAACAAACUGCACGAGGGAGGGAGAGAGAGAGAGAGAGAACAGAAAGGAAUUCUUUCAGGUUGCUCGACUAUGAUGUGUUUCGGUGCCUGCAUUUUGAUUUACAUCCUUUGUGUUGAAGCUGUGACUGUCUGGACUGAGGAUCUAAAAGGUUUUGAAUAUAUUCCUCAAAAAGCUGAAGACCCGGUCAGUACUACAAGAGGAGAUGAACUCACAGAAAGAGGCAAGAGAGACUUGAACUUUAAAAAGAGAAGUGCUACAGGGCUUAGUCAUGAAAGUGUUGGAGGAGGCCUAGCAAUCGAUACACUUCCUGACAAUUUCACACAUAUUGUGGAAGAUGACCGGAAAUACUACUCUUGGCGCAGUUUUGGGGCCCAUGACCCAAUCACCACCCAGCUGUGGGUGGAUUUGACCUCACUGGAGCACAGCCAAGUACGAGUACAUGGGAUUCUGUCCAACACACACCGUCAAGCUUCGCGGGUUGCCCUCUCCUUCGAUUUCCCUUUCUAUGGACACCACCUGAGACAGAUCACUAUUGCAACUGGGGGCUUCAUAUUUACAGGAGAGGUCAUUUACCGGAUGUUAACAGCAACUCAGUAUAUUGCUCCAUUAAUGGCAAACUUUGACCCCAGCAUCUCCAAAAACUCAACAGUCAGGUACUAUGAUAACGGGACAGUAUUUGUUGUGCAGUGGGACCGGGUGAUACUGCAGGGUCGCAAGCAUGUGGGUGCCUUUACAUUCCAAGUUGUACUUCACAAAGAGGGAAACAUUACUUUCAGCUACAGAGAUGUCCCUAUUCCCAUAAGAGAAAUAAGUUCAGUCCAGCACCCUGUCAAAGUGGGCCUCUCGGAUGCUUUUAUGGUGUCCCAAAAAUCAUCACAAAGUGAAGAAUCCCAUCGGAGGACAAUAUAUGAAUACCAUAGAGUAGAACUGGAUACAGAAGCCAUAACAAAUAUGACUGCCUUUAGGUUUACUCCAUUGCCAACCUGCCUUCAGCACAACAGCUGUGAAACCUGUCUUAACUCCAAACUCACGUCUGAUUGCAACUGGUGUCAUGUCAUUCAAAGGUGCUCAGAUGGCAUUGACAGGCACCGUCAGGAAUGGCUGGAUUAUAAUUGUGAAGAGGAGGCAAAAGGAAAAACCUGCGAAGAUUAUGUCGAGCAAACUGCUGGUCCUUCAUUUCCAUCAAUAUCAGUGACCCCUCCUGAUGCUGAGCCAAGCCCAACCUCUGAUCUAAUACUGGAGAGUCUAGUCACUGAAGAUGACACCAAGACAGAUAUCCAAUAUACUGAUAAUGAAACAUCUUCUGCUCAGCAUGGGACACCAAUGCACAGUGGCAUUAUCGCUGGAAUUGUAUCUGCAGCGCUGCUGCUUCUUGCCAUUUCCCUACUGGCACUGUACAUCAACAGGCACCCAACCUUCACUUCAGCACUCUUCUUCCUUAAGCGGCGCUCCAACCAAUGGCCAGCAAUGAAGUUUCGUAAUCAAGCCAGCAACUCCAGUUACACAGAGAUUGAGGUUGGAGGUCACGAGAAAGACAGUUUCAUUGAGGCAGAGCAGUGCUGAGAACAAGAAAUUCAUCAGGAAUCCCCUCCCUUUUAGUUACAACUUUCUGCACAUCAUUAGACUGCUGUUUAAUAUCUCCAAGGGUCGAUCUGCCCCAACCCAAACUGGCCAAUUGUGUACACCAAUUCACUUUUGUUUCAAGAUGUGCUUUCCAUCUUCAAUACAAACAGUAGGCUUGCAAGCAGUACACCAAAAGGCUGUCAUUAACAGGCCAGAUUUUCACUGUUCUGGUCUAGUAAAGAACAGCGCACCUGUCAUGUGAAUAUAGUGCAGUUGCCAGUGAUGAUCCAUUGUUGCUUCAUCCUAAUCAUUUACUUUCUUUGCUGUUUCAACGAUUCCAUUUGAGGACAGAGAUAAUCAAGUUUACUGUACUGCACAAGACAUUUUACACUGAUAGGUACUCUGUCCCAAAAACAAAAAAAUAAAUAUGCAAAAUAAUAUAAAACAACUAUCAUAUGCAGGUUUUUAAAGAAUACGGUCAGCUAAUUUGUGAAAACAUUUAUUCAAAAUCUGAGGUUCAAUUCAUCCAUGCAACCUUUAACCAAAAUACUACUUUUUGUCUUGCUAGCCUUUAUUAAUCACAGCAGCUGGCAUUAGCCUAUCAAGCAGAACUGGACAACAGGUUGCUUAAAAGAAGCUAACACAACAGCUACCAAAAUGGCAAGUGACACUGGGAAAGCUUGCUUGUUGUAAUGCAAAGCUUACUUUGUGGUUGAUUGAUAGAAAUUAGAAAAUACUAAAAAGAACUGGGGGUUGAGAGAAAAAGAAGAAUUAAAGAAAAUAUAAGUAAAUAAUAAUCCAUUGUCCAGAUCAAUGUAACAAUGCAAGUACAAAGAGAACAGGAGUAGCAAAAGUCACUUUAAAGCCGGUGCAAACAACAACUGUAAGGCACACCUGUUAAAAUAUGAGUAAUUAACAUUUUAUUUGCAGUUAAAGAUGUACUGUAUAUAAACGAAGCAGCCUUUUCAGGCAGUAAAAGGACUUGCGGCAAAUCAGAAACACUUGAGACAAAGGAAUUGCAUAGUCAGUAAGAAAAGGUGCCCUCUGCUGGCAAAGGAUUAUACAGCUAUCCUGUAAAAGACCUAUUACAAAAUAGGCAUUUUUGGAGUAGUCUGUAUUUUAAUUUAAACUUUAGCUUUGUGGAUACAUAGUUGAAACCAGAAGGCUAAAAUUUCUGAUCAUACAGCUAGAGAAAUGCUGAAUUCUGAUUCUGAGACUCUGUUGGAGCCCCAAUUGUAGAAAUACAUAUCUUUGAAAGCUGACUCCUACAUUUAUAGCAUUUAUAUAGUAUAUAUACGGCAUAUGUUUGCCAUGAAAGGCCCUCUAUUAAAUAUUUUUAAUGAUGGCAUUCAUAUACAUCACUAAAGCAGCUCAUGGCAGCUCAGAUUGGCAAUUGAAAAAAUAACCAAAUAAAGGUGCAUUUUGAAAAGUGA